UGUGAUUGUGUUUGUGUGUUUGUGUUGUGGUGCUGUGUUUUGUGCUGUGGACGAUGAGGGUGGAUGGAUGCGAUGGAUGUGCGACACCGAGCGUCUCAGACUGCACUCACUUGUUGAUUGCAGUGGGAGAGGAGUGGAGUGGAGAGGAGGGUGAUGAUGGGAGUAGAUCGGAGAUGUGUCCGGGCCGGUGAUGACGCAAUGCGGGGAGAGCGAUGGAAGGUGCGAUGCGAUGCGAUGCGUUGCGAUGCGAUGCGUUGCGAUGCGAUGCGUUGCGAUGCGAUUGUUCUCGUUGUUGCUAUUGUUGAUUGUGAGUGUGUAAUAGACGUACAAACGAUCAAGAGUGUAGAAGUUGCGCGACUAGACGGCGGCCAGCUGGUCCGGGCGAUGGAUGGAGUAUUCGAGAAACUCGAGUAAUUAGUUCCUGUCUGUCUGUCUGUCUGUAUGACGACG